AAGGCGGCUGCUUAACUGCCGUUCUUCGUGAACAACUUUGUCUAAUCUAACCGACUCGGGUCGUAAAACAAGUUAGAAAAUGUUAUUUAUAACUAGUAAAAUGCUACGGUUCCUCCGUCGAGCUGCUGCGCCGUCGAGGAAGAUAAUAGGUAGAAAGUUGGCUGGUCGCAGACAACCGAUACCCCGUGGUCCUAUGAGGAGUGCGGCUGCAAUGCCAAAGACACCCCGCUGAGAGAGCAGGGCCUUGAGCAGAUUAAUCAAGCUCAAAUUCGAUUUACAACGGACCAUUUGCUUUGCCUACAACUCCACUGACAUUCAAAGGGCGAGUAUUUGCACAGAGCCCGUUUCUAAACCGCUGGGCUCCGUGACGGAUGUCGUGAGAGAAGGAAUUUUAUACCAAACCCUGGGCUUGGGAACGGCUGUGUAUUUCAGCGCGCGGGACUCUGAAGAACGUGGAUUACAAUGUUAAGGAUUGCGGAGGCUUUGGCCACUCUGGUGGCGGCGUCUUUUAUGGUCGAAGGUGUAUUCGGUGGUUACGGGAUGAGCAUGUUUGCUGCGCAGACGUCUCCACCAGAUCCGUGCUACGACGAGAACGGUAACCCGAGAAGAUGCAUCCCGGAUUUCGUGAACUCCGCUUUCGGGAAGGAAGUGCGCGUGUCCAGCACCUGUGGAAAACCACCCUCUCGGUACUGUGUAGUGACCGAGAAAGGAGACGAGAAAAGUAGGAAUUGCCACACUUGUGACGCCGGCGACCCAAAGAAGUAUCACCCACCGGCGUAUUUAACAGAUCUCAACAACCCGCAUAACCUCACUUGUUGGCAAUCGGAAAAUUACAUCCAGUACCCGCAAAACGUCACACUGACACUGUCUUUGGGUAAAAAAUUUGAAGUCACCUAUGUGAGCCUUCAGUUCUGUUCACCGCGACCCGAAUCUAUGGCCAUCUUUAAGUCGAUGGACUACGGGAAAUCCUGGGUUCCGUUCCAGUUCUAUUCUACCCAGUGUAGGAAGAUGUACAACAGACCAAAUAAGGCUGCAAUCACCAAGCAAAACGAACAAGAAGCAAUCUGCACUGACUCCCACACGGACAUGCAUCCCCUCUCCGGUGGUCUGAUAGCGUUCAGCACCCUGGAUGGCAGACCCUCAGCCCACGACUUUGACAACUCGCCGGUGCUACAGGACUGGGUGACGGCCACCGACAUCAAAGUAACUUUCAGCCGAUUACAUACUUUCGGGGACGAGAACGAGGACGACUCGGAGCUUGCGAGGGACUCCUAUUUCUACGCGGUCUCAGACCUGCAGGUUGGCGGGCGAUGCAAAUGCAAUGGCCACGCGUCGAGGUGCGUGAAAGACCGGGACGGGAACCUUGUCUGCGAGUGCAGGCAUAACACUGCGGGGCCGGAGUGUGACAGAUGCAAACCGUUUCAUUAUGACCGGCCUUGGCAACGCGCAACUGCAAGAGAAGCAAACGAGUGUGUCGCCUGUAACUGCAACCUGCACGCCCGGCGCUGCCGCUUCAACAUGGAGCUGUACAAGCUGUCCGGCAGGAAGAGCGGCGGCGUCUGCCUCAACUGCCGCCACAACACCGCUGGGCGCCACUGCCACUACUGCAAGGAGGGCUUCUACAGGGACCUGGCCAAGCCCAUCUCCCACCGCAAGGCCUGCAGAGCGUGCGACUGCCACCCCGUGGGCGCCGCGGGCAAGACCUGCAACCAGACCACGGGCCAGUGCCCCUGCAAGGACGGCGUGACGGGCAUCACGUGCAACCGCUGCGCCAAGGGCUACCAGCAGAGCCGCUCGCCCAUCGCCCCCUGCAUCAAAAUUCCGGUUGCCCCUCCCACAACAACGGCAAGCAGUGCAGAGGAGCCUGCAGACUGCGAUUCCUACUGCAAAGCCUCCAAGGGCAAACUGAAGAUCAACAUGAAGAAGUAUUGCAAGAAGGAUUACGCGGUCCAGGUGCACAUCCUGAAAGUGGACAAGGCGGGCGAGUGGUGGAAGUUCACCGUCAACGUCAUCUCCGUCUACAAGCAGGGCGCGAGCCGCAUCCGCCGCGGCGACCAGUUCCUGUGGGUGCGCGCCAAGGACGUGGCCUGCAAGUGCCCCAAGGUCAAGCCCGGGAAGAAGUACCUGCUGCUGGGCAACGACGACGACUCCCCGGACCAGAGCGGCGUGGUGGCCGACAAGGGCAGCCUGGUCAUCCAGUGGAGGGACACCUGGGCCCGCCGGCUGCGCAAGUUCCAGCAGCGAGAGAAGAAGGGCAAGUGCAAGAAGGCCUAAAUAAAAAAAUUUUUUUUUAAAAAAGUUUAAAAAAAAAAGAAAAGAGGGAAGAAGAAGAAGACGUCAUCACGGAAAGAGCGGGAGAGAGAAGGCAGGAAGAGAAGAAACGGAGGGAUGAGGGAGGGAGAGGAAUGGCGAGGGACGGAAGGGGUGACUGGAGUGUUGCUGCUUUGUGUAGAAGCAUGAAGAGAAAAUUAGGAUGUUUUUUUGUUUUUUAGGAACUUUUUGUGAAGGAGCUCACUUUGCAUUUUCUCUUUUUUUUCCAUCGAGAUUUGUUUUUGUGGAUUUUUUUUUUGCCAAGUUUGCACCUAAUAUUCCCAGUAUAUCAAGUUGUUUUUUUUUUUUUUACACCCCCCAUUUCCAUGGCUUCGUAACAAUUUCAAUCCAUUUCUUUUUUUACGGGACAUAUUGUUUCAGCAUAAUUACGAAAAACAAGCUACUGUAUCACAUUUCUGUUUCUACAGCAGGCAAUUGGGUUUUUAUAUAUAUGUUGAACAGCUUCUUCCCAGCAACUGAGGGGGCGGGGCCAGGGGAAUGUGAGGCGAAGCUGCUGUCCUAUUGGUGACUUCCGGGGCUGUGGUCUUGUCACGAGAAACGGUGUAAACAGCAAUGCAAGCAUUCACACUUUAGAUGUACCGUAAAAAACCUUCGCUUUCGAUGUGGUUUCCACUCUCAGAGUCACGUAACAUAGAAAAACACGUUCAGUACUAGAGCGGCUUCUUUGACAAGGCUGCCAUUUUCCUCAGUUACUUACAAAAACGUAUCCUCUAUAUGUGGAACAGCUCGUCGUGUGUAAAAUACCUCAGAUCUUUUUUUUUUAGCUCACUCUGCGUUAAGCUGAAGAGUGCUGUAAAGUUGCAUGUUUUUGGAGGAAAUCCUCUGCUGGGCUAUGGGGUCUUGGACCGGCAUGCGGACUGAGGUCACGGAUGCCCCAGUCGGGUAUAAGAGGCACUUAGGAAUUCAUAUUGCAUCACAGCGUUGUCUCACCAACAUUGAAGCUAACGUUUUUGAUGGUUUGAUUUGACAGUAUGUUUUUUUUUUUCUGUUGUGGGAGAAAAGAUAUGAAAAUAUACAGUCAUAACGGUGUUCCUCGAUAGUCUUUACAUGCAUGGAAGUUCAUUUUAGAUGGUUAAAGCUCUUCUGCAUGGUUUCGGAUUGCAUGUAAAAACCAUUUCUGGGGAGAUGAAUUCUAAAAUCUCUUUUAGACUGGUGCUGCUGUUUUAUACUUAAAUAAUUGUUGUCAUUUAACGGGAAUAGUUCACGUUCUUGAGUUUUUUUUUGUAUAUUGUUCCAGUUCUAUUGUAUGUUCUCGACUGGCCCAGACGGUUUUUUUUGUGUAUGAUGGACGAUGUUUUAGAUGCACACGGAAGUUUUUUAUGACCUGCCAGCUUUGCAAUGGUCAGCAUUCUGAGGUUUCUGGUCUAAAGCAAGAACAUAUACUUCACCUAGCUCCAAAGCAACUUCCAGAGCAAUGUUAAUAGCAAGUUCAUAUGUAUAUUACCUGAUUAAUCUUCAAAAAAAUUACGUUCAAUCCUAUUUUCAGUUGGAAUUAUGUCCUAUGACCAUGUCCUACCUACACACCUGGGAAAUGUGGUGCCUACUGCAUAUCAACAUCACUGCACAGGACUUUGAGUGAAGAGCUUGUGCCACUUGAAAACUGCAAAGAACAGAAGUGCCAGCACAAUAUAAAAAGAGACUUUUUUUGUUUAUGCUUGCGAGUAAAUGUCAUAAAAUUAACCGGCUCAUAUUAAUAGCCUCUGGAAACAUAACGAGUGCAGUACAAGCUGUUUUGACAUUACUGACGUGUAUUUUCUUGCUUGCGGCCACAACCCACUUGAUGCCCAUAUUGUUGAUAAGUCGGCAGAUCAUCACAAAUGUCUGCAAGCAUCUAAACUAUCUUUCAUGCCACACAUAAACUGUCAAUAAGAAACAUACACUAAAACUGAAAUAAACCACAGAAAGUGAACUAUCCUUUUUUCAAGUUUGUUGGAUUGUCAACCCCAAAAA